AUGAUGCUCUCUUUCUUCAACCGAUGCAUUUUAUUCGCGACACUUUUCUUCACCACCGCUGUGCUUGCUGAGGGCGAUUCACCGUGGGAUGGCGAUGGAGUGACUCCGGAAUGCAACGGAUUUCACCCGCCUGCCAAUCCGAAAGAAGCGGCUCUCUUCCUCAUCACCGAUCACUCGCUUCAACAACAUAAGGUAUCACGAGUGCAGUACCUCUACCGAGCGAUUGCCUGCGAAUUUCCUCCACAAGUGCAAGUCAAGAUAGCAAACGUGAAUGGCAAUGGAGUGGCUAUGUGGACACAUUGGAUGGAAGCACGAGAAGUGCGACAAGCUCUACGCAAGAAUGACACUAGUGGAAACGCUUCCAUCUCGCCAUGUGCCCGAAUAUCAUCGAUUCCCCAUUCAUCAUUCGACGCUUCACGAUCGAAUUCGACCGAGCCAAUUCCCAUUCACGUGUUGAUCGUUGUCGAUGAGGAAGACUUUGUCAAAUAUCCAGAAUGUGAUCUCCGCCAAACGUUCCAACAGCUGGCCAAAUCAUCUCCUCUCGCCGAUCCAUCUCUCCUUCAUUUGGAUGUGAUUGGGGUUGGAAAGGAUCUCAAUGUUCCGGCUCUUCGCGUGCACAUUCCCCGCUGGGAAAAUAUCGACACGUCAAGUCUGAAGAUUGGCUACGCCGGACAAGAACAAAACGUCAGAUCGGUGUUCCUCUUUGGUCACAUCAUGCAACAAUACGCACAACUCAUCAAUUCUAUCCUAACGCAGGACAUCAAAAACGAUGUGGUGGACGUGGUGGAGAAAAACCCGCGAGAUUUGCAGAAUCAACUAUCCGACUUGAAUUUGACGGCUUCUGUGCAAAAGCCAUUCGUGGAAGUCAGCGAUGAUCAAGAAGAACGGCUUUUGGAUCUGAAACCACCAGCAGCAGAGCCCGACUCGGAAGUUAUAGCAGAAGAGGAUUCGAUUCAGCUAAUCGCUUUGAAUAGUACAGUUAACCAAACGUUUGGCAACGUUGAAAGGAUGAUUUUGGAAAACAUUGGACUCAAUGCAACUCAAUUGUCAACAACGAACAGGCGAAUUGACACAGGAAUCAUUGGGGCUCCUCGAUUGAGAGUAGUUAGUGAUGACGCGAUUGAGAAGAAAUAUCCCAAAGGAAUCUUUGGGUCUCCCCGAUCGGAAGUCGUUAGCGAGGAUGCAGUUGAAAUAAAAAACCCCAAAGAAGCCAUGGGAUCUCCCCAAUCGGAAGUGAUUAGCAAAGACGCAGUUGAGAUGAAACACCCCAAUGAAACUUUUGGGGCUCCCCGAUCAGAAGUGAUUAGUGAAGAUGCUGUUGAAAUGAAAAACACCAAAGAACCAAAAGAAGCAGUAUGGGCCGAGGAAAUAGAUACAUCAGUCGAACAGAAGCCGAACGUCAUCCCUCUCCGCCCCAAAUCGAAAUACAACAAUGUCACUCUUGACACCGAAGUUCGUGCACUUCCCAAAGAGGUCACUGAGGGGAAGCACAAUUGGCUGAAAGACGGUGGAUGGAAAUUCGUGAUGGGACUUGGGACUUUGUUGGUUGUGCUGUGCUUCUUGGUGAUCGUUCUUUGUUUCAUAGGCUUUCUUUUCUCCUUGUCAAGUCGACGAGCUAAAGAAGAGGAUAGAGAAAAACUUUUGAAGGCGAAUGGAAAAUCGACGCGAUCAACUGAGAAAAAAUUGUCUGCAAGGAAGCGACAAGACCCGUACAGUCCGGUUACAUAUGGAGAAGUGGGAUCUGACGAAGUGCCCGACAUUGAGGCGACCGCUCCAGUUUCGAUGACUCGUUUAGAGAUCGCUCACCAACGACCACGAUUGGCAAAACCCCCACCAAGAAGCAAUGAGAUGAUUCUCCGUGUGGAAAAGGACGAACAAUUGAUCUUU